AUGGUUUUAGUACAAGAUUUAUUACACCCAAACCCAGCUUCUGAAAAGAAAACUCACAAGUUGAAGAAAUUGGUACAAGAGCCAAACUCAUACUUUGUUGACGUCAAGUGUCCAGGAUGCUUCAACAUCGUCACCAUCUUUAGCCACGCACAAACAGCUGUCGCCUGUGAAAAGUGCUCAAACUUGUUGUGCACUCCAACCGGUGGUAAAGCCAAAUUGGUUGAAGGCUCAUCAUUCAGAAGAAAGUAA